AUGGCAGAACAGGUGCAUUAUGAAGAGGGUGUAGUAUACUACAAAGUGAAAUCCAUGGAAUCCAAUUUCAGAGCGACUGCGAAACUUCACGACAGGCGGGUAUCGAUGUACCACGUCCCGCCGGAAUAUGCCGUUCUACCUGAUGGAACGGCAUUUCUGCAGCACUCCACCCCGGAGGUUCAAGUGUAUUACUCCAUUCCAACAAUUGAGGUCCUUUACGCGUUGGUGGGGGAUGGCGUGCAUGAUAUGCAGCCUGAUGCCACCAACAAGUUAGGCCAGCUGUACACCAUACAAGGAGUGCUCACCAUCAGAACCGGCGACGACGUACCACUACUGUAUGCGGUCAUAAGAAGGAAGAAUCGAAGGACACACGAGACAUUAUUCGAAAUGCUACGGGACGCUAUCACUGCGCUGGAGGAACGACAAGGCUUCGGAUCAUUGUGGAUUUUAAAGGAGCAGCUAUUAAUGCGUCGAAAGGCUGAAGAGAACCACCCAAAGGAAAGCAUCUAA